UAGGACACACAAACCCAUACAUCAGCCAUUUUCAAUUUGCCGUGGUCAUUCUCUUUCACUUCAACACAAAGAUCCCCCAACUGUCCUGCUGAAAGACACCAAAAGGAUGGACGAAGCGAAAGCGGGCCAUCGCGCACACGGGCGUUUGUUUCGUUAAGCGCGUCAAAAACGCACCAGACGCGCAUCAUCCGAUGUGUCUCCGGGUUUACAUCUGAUUCACCUUUGGGGAAAUUAUUAUAUUGGUCGAAAUCGAUUUUUGGACGUGUCCCAAAUCAUAACAGUAGGCUACAAUCACAUUCUGCACGCGUGAAGUAAAUCAAACCCCAAAACCGGAAUCUACUGACUAAAAAAAAGUAAGUGCUGUGUCCUGCGGGUGAUGUCCACCAUGGUGUACCCGCGAGAGGAGACCCUGGAGCGGCUAACACAGGAUGAGAUUGUGCUGAACACUAAAGCAGUGAUGCAGGGUUUGGAGACGCUGCGCGGGGAGCACACCCAGCUCCUCAACUCCAUACUGGACUGCACCCAACCACCCAUUGCCCAGGAGAAAUCAACCCUGCUCCGCAAGAGCAUGGAAGACAUUGAGCUGGGACUGGGAGAGGCACAGGUGAUCAUCGCUCUGUCUGGUCAUCUGAGCUCUGUGGAGUCUGAAAAACAGAAGUUGCGUGCACAGGUUCGACGACUCUGUCAAGAGAACCAGUGGCUGCGGGACGAGUUGGCCAGCACGCAGCACAAGCUGCAGAAGAGUGAGCAGAGCGUCGCACAGCUAGAGGAGGAAAAGAAACAUCUGGAGUUCAUGAAUCAGAUCCGCAAGCUAGAUGAGGACACCUCCCCCUCGGAGGAGAAACAUGGAGAGAAGAAGGACAAUCUCGACGAUCUGUUUCCGAAUGAUGAUGACCAGGUGCCAGCUCGGCCCAGCGGUGAAGUGGCAGCACAGCAGGGAGGGUACGAGAUCCCAGCACGCCUCCGAACUCUCCACAACCUGGUGAUCCAGUAUGCCUCUCAGGGCCGGUAUGAGGUGGCUGUGCCUCUCUGCAAACAGGCCCUGGAAGACCUGGAGAAAACUUCCGGACAUGACCAUCCAGAUGUGGCCACCAUGCUCAAUAUCCUCGCCUUGGUGUACAGGGAUCAGAAUAAAUAUAAAGAGGCAGCUCACCUAUUGAAUGACGCUCUGGCCAUCAGAGAGAAGACUCUAGGUAAAGAUCAUCCUGCCGUGGCGGCCACGCUCAAUAACCUUGCUGUGCUGUACGGCAAACGCGGUAAACACAAGGAGGCGGAGCCGCUGUGCAAGCGAGCGCUGGAGAUUAGAGAGAAGGUCUUGGGUAAAUUCCACCCUGAUGUGGCGAAGCAGCUGAAUAAUCUGGCUCUGUUGUGCCAGAAUCAGGGAAAGUAUGAGGAAGUGGAAUAUUAUUACCGCAGGGCCCUCGAGAUUUAUGAGAACAAACUGGGUGCUGAUGACCCCAAUGUGGCCAAGACAAAAACAACCUGGUCCAGGCCAAGAUACCGAAAGGCAGGCAGAGAUAUGAGCGGAGUCUGUGGGGUCGUCAGGCUGGCACGACAGGCAACGUGUUAUCUGAAACAGGGCAAGUUCAAAGACGCGGAAACGCUUUACAAGGAGAUUCUGACCCAUGCACAUGAGAAGGAGUUUGGAUCAGUCAACAAUGACAACAAGCCAAUAUGGAUGCAUGCAGAGGAAAGAGAAGAAAGCAAGGGCAGGAGGAAGGACUCGGUCCCUUACGGAGAGUAUGGCAGCUGGUACAAAGCCUGCAAAGUGGACAGCCCCACUGUUAAUACCACAUUGAAGAGCCUAGGAGGGCUGUACCGCAGACAGGGCAAACUAGAGGCAGCGGAAACACUUGAGGAGUGUGCAUCUAAGACUCGCAAACAGGGUAUUGAUGCGAUUAAUCAGAGUAAGGUGGUGGAGUUGCUGAAGGAAGGAGGUGACAGACGUCAGAGCAGGGACGGGGUAAACGGUCCCGGAGGCCCCCGAGGGGACUGUGAUGGUGAUGAGGCUGAGUGGAGCGGGGAUGGGAACGGCAGCCUGCGCAGGAGCGGCUCGUUUGGGAAGAUUCGUGAAGCCCUGCGGCGCAGCAGUGAGAUGCUGGUGAAGAAACUGCAGGGCAGUGGCCCUCAGGAGCCACGUAACCCCGGGAUGAAGAGGGCCAGCUCCUUAAAUUUCCUCAACAAGAAUGCAGAAGAAAUAUCACAGGAAUCUAACAGCGGUUUGUCAGAAUCCAGAGGACUGAGCUCCAGUAACGUGGACCUGACCAGACGCAGCUCUCUGGUCAGUUAGAAAAUGACUUCUGGACAUGGCAGUGCCAAACAGAGAGGCUGUUUGCUAUCUACUUGAAAUAAAAUACAAUUAAAUUAUCCUUAUUCAUCAUUCUCAUUAGAAAAAGAUAUUCAAAUUAAAAACAUGUCUUUCGUUGUACAUUGCCUGUGUAGUCUGAACUAGGCCUGUUUGCUUUACAUUAGCGACACUCAUUAAAGGUCACAGUAAAAAUGCUAAUUAAAAAGAUAAACGCUAAAACAGCAUGAUGACGUCUGCCAAACCAUAUACAGAUGAUCUGCUCUAGAGUUAUCUAGUGGUGAAAUUGCAUCAUAAUGGCAAGAGUGGCUCUGCAUACUUCGAUCAAGUUAUAUACUGUCUGUACAAAGCAUACAUUUUCUCUAGGUUUGCCAUUUAGAAAAUGAAAAGUUCAAAACAUUGCAUAAAGUAGAUGCAUAGACACCAUGAAUGCUAACUGCUUCCACAAAAAGACCUCACAGAGUCGGAAUGGUGCGACAAUGUUUAUAGUAAACACACUUGAGUUACAAAAAAAAUGAAAUGUACGUCUGGAUUUUUAGAAGCUUGAAGAACACCUUCUGUGUUGUAUGUAUAUACUGGUUUAAAUUAUUUAAAAGUCUUUUGUUUGCAAAAUUAGUGCACAAGGAUUUUGUUUACACUUUGGAGUGACUAGAAAUGAUCUGAACGGUAAAUUGAAGGAUUUUGCUUUAUGAUCUAAAUUCUGUUUUAAGGCAGAGCGCUAUUUAUUGAGAGUUGUGAUUCUGUGACUCUUGAAUCAACGUUCAGCUUCAUGCAGAUCUUUGGCAAAUGUGCGUUCAUCUUAUACGUCUGAAUUCGCUUUACUGGAAGUGAACCAACACAAAGUCCUGAUGAGGGGUAAAAAAUUGAUGCUUCAUUGGUGGAAAAAAACGCUAUAAAAAUAUAGCACUGGAAUAUUUCAUCAAUUUAAAAUGUAGCAUGUUUUUUAAAUGUGCACGCAACCACCAGGAUGUCAUGAACAUCGUAUUAAAACUUUGUCUCAAAAAGCCAGAUCUUCCAGUUGUUGUUUUAAUAUUUAAUCAGUUUCAUGUAAAUUCACUCUUAAAUAUCCGUGAAAUGUGCAAAUUUUGUGUAGAGCUCAUAGCGAUCAGUAAUAACAAAUGUUUUAGUCUACUACAUGCUUAUACAUCUAAUCAAAAUGUUCCUUAUUGAGAUCUUUCUCUUAUUUUCACGAUGAUUUAUAUAUGUAUUUGAUAUUGGGUUUAUUUGAAUGUUUCUGUGUUCAAUCAUUUCUUUCUGUACUCGUGAAUGUCAUUAUCUUUUGCUUCCAGCCAUACAAAUUGGUGAAUCUCACAAAGUAAUUUCAGGGUCAUAUUUUACCCUAUAAAUUGCAAAAAGCCUAUUUUUAGGAUAAUUGUAAUUAAAUUGUCUGAUCUUAAAACUCUCAAAGAUUCAGUUGUCAGAAGCCUAAUGUCCUAGAUAAAGGCAACAUUUUCUUUAUGCAAAAUAUAGUUUAUUUCUUUUGAUUUUGGGGGGUGAGAUUCAUCCAAACAGAAUGUACCGCAAAGAGAUACUGAAUUUUUUAAUGCUGUUUAAUGUUUUGCUAAACAUAAAUGAAGGAUCUAGAAUGUUCUUGAGUGAAAUUAGAAAAAAUUAUGUAAUCAAAAGUAAAAUAUCAGGAGAAUGAAUGUUGAAAUAGCAGUCACAACAAGGCAUUGUUAGAGAGAGAAAUACAAAUAUCACUACUGAAUGUAAGAUAUUGUUUUCUCACAAUUGUGAGUCGUAACCACAAAAAUUCACGUGUGUGAACUCCCACUUGUGUAGUUUCAAACAAUUCUGAUAAAUGAUGUGUUUACACUAAAAAUGAAUGUGAACCCACUUUUGGCUUUGUCCUGUCUGUCAUUAAAGCCUACUAUGUGUGAUUUCUCUCUUGCCACAUAAUGUUUAUAAAUGUUUGUCUCGCUUGUAAGAUUGUGUUGCAGGUACCAGAGUUGCUCUUGUGCACUGAUCUUGAAACAGCACCCCUUUUCUUAGCAUUAUAGUAAAAUACCCAUUGCGCUUCACUCAGAUCAGUUGUAAAGGGUCACUUCUACCAGCCCUGUAGAAUGUAGCCAUGCUAGUACUCUAGGUUUCAGUCUGUCGUACUUCUUCCAAGAUGGAUUUCACUUGUGAAGGGGCCAACCUCAUGUACGCUUUAAUUAAAGUUUCGAAAUAAAUGAAUUCUGCUUUUCAA